AUUGAUUUCUGAAUCAAACAAAUAUUUUGUUAGUAAACAUAACUGUUCUUUUUCUUAAAAAAGAAGAGCUGUUGGCUGUUACUUGUAUUAAUCAUUACAGUGUACUUUUAGAGCAAUGUUUUUCAGUAAUCCAACGUCGAUAUUUUGUAUUAUUGCUACCGAGUUUUGUGAAAGAUUCUCUUUCUGCGGAUUAAGAACCAUACUGUCGUUGUAUCUGAGGAAUGUGUUGUGUCUGCACGAGAACAGUGCGACAGUCGUCUACCACAUCUUCAUAAUGAUGUGCUAUACGAUGCCAUUGGUCGGGGCCAUCCUAGCCGACAACUUCUUAGGCCGAUAUAAGGUGAUAUUAUAUUUUUCAAUAAUUUACUUUAUCGGAACCAUAAUGACUUGUUGCGCCGCUAUACCACCGUUGAUGCUGCCUCAGACAACCACUUCAAUGAUCGGACUGAUCCUGAUUGCGACAGGCACCGGCGGCAUCAAACCCUGCGUGGCGGCCUUCGGAGGAGACCAGUUCCACCUGCCAGCUGAAAACCAGAGGCUGCAACGGUUCUUCUCCACCUUCUACUGCAUGGUGAACCUCGGCGGGUUCAUCGGCAUGGUGGUGACGCCGGCGCUGCGACGCAGCGUCAUGUGCUUCGGAGACGACACCUGCUACGCGCUCGGCUUCGGAUUCCCGGCCAUGCUUGUGCUGUGCUCUAUACUUAUUUUCAUGUCGGGCAAGAAAUGGUACAGGAUCAAACAACCUAGAAAGAAUGUGACCUUGCAAUUUGCCUCCUGCGCUUGGUAUGCCUUCAUGAAGCACAUGAGCUCUCGUCGGGAGGCUGAGCCGGUGUCGCACUGGCUCGACCAUUCCGCCAAGAAGUACGGACAGAAACUCGUGUCGGAUAUGAAGGUGGUGUUCUCCAUAUUGUACUUGUACCUGCCUGUUCCAAUAUUCUGGUCUUUGUUCGAUCAACAGGGCUCCCGUUGGACGUUCCAAGCUUCCCGUCUCCGCAGCGAAGUGUUCGGGGUAUCUCUCAUGCCGGACCAGCUGCAGGUGCUCAACCCGGCCAUGGUGCUGAUGCUGCUGCCGCUCUGCCCCGGGGGCUGCUGGCCGCUUGUCCCGGAGAUGAGGCCGCUGACCAAGAUGUUUGUCGGGGGAAUGUUGGCCGCCAUGUCGUUUGUGGCGGCCGGGAUACUGCAGAUCGGGAUUGAGCGGUCCACCCUGCAGCCGCCGCCGCGGCACUCGACAGGGCUAGCAUUCCUGAACUCCCUCCCCUGCGCCGUGGAAGUGUCAGUCCAGGGCGAGGUGACGGCGUCAGUGGAGCCCUACGGCACGGCGCUCGUGGCCCCGCUGCCGCUGCGGAGGCUGCGGGUGGCGGCGCGGGUGCGCGGGGGCUGCGGCGGGCGCGCACUGCGGCCUAGCUGUGCGGCGCAGGACAUGCGGACUGCGCCCGGGAUGUUCAUGCCGAUAGUGAUUGGUCAGAAUUCUGACGAUGAGAUGUCGCUCUACUUCAUGGACCCAAACACCUUCACCAAGUCUCUGACCGGCAAACCGAAACUCAAGGUGGUGUACAUCGGCGACACGGGUCCCAACAAGAACGUGUCGGUGACCGUGGAGACAGAGAAGGCUCUGCGGGACAUCUACUACGUGUCGGACGAGCCAGUCGACCACAUCGGCGAGUCCGCCUACAUGUGCUUGCAGCCGGGCAAGUUCCACUGGCGCGCGGACAGCGCGGGCGCGGCGGUGGCGGGGUCCGGGGAGGGGUACCUGCGCGCGGGGGGGGUGUACGUGCUGUGUCUGCGCGAGCGCAUGGGCCGGCUGGACGCGGCGUCGCUCCACGCGCCCAACCCGCCCAACGAGCUCAGCUUGGCCUGGAUCCUGCCCCAGUAUCUGCUCAUAUCGGUGGCGGAGAUCAUGUUCGCUGUCAGCGGGCUGGAGUUCUCUUUCACUCAGGCUCCGAAGAGCAUGAAGACCAUCACGAUAGCGGCGUGGUACGUGUCGGUGGCCGUCGGGAACCUCAUCGUGAUCCUCGUGGCUGAGACCAAGGCCUUCCAGUCCAGGGCGACGGAGCUGUUCGUGUACGCCGGCGCGCUGGCACUGGCCAUGCUGGUGUUCCUGCACCUGGCGCGGGGGUUCCCCGCCGGUGCGCCGGCGUGGGACGCCUCCUCCAGCGAGAGCCAGCCGCUGCUGCGGAGGCACUCCAAGGUGAUAUCCAUCCACUCGCUAUCAACCCUCGGCACGCCGAGCAGCGGCAAGGCCUGGUCGUGUCUGGAGGCCAUGCAGAGCCGCCGGGGGGGCUGGCCGCGGCACGCCACCGUCCAUGUUGGCACCCCCUCCGACACCGAUCUCGGACACACUACGCUGGCCAAGUGAUUGAGUGUGCGUUUGAUUCUUAAGGAGCAUGAAUAUAAUAUUUUGAAUUAC